AUUUCAUCACAUGUUUUUAACAAGAAUUAAGUAUCGUAAAAAAUGUUUUCAUUAAAUAAUGAUAUAAAACAUUUAUUAUUAUACAAUUACGGUAAACAAUUAAAUUUAGAAUUAAAUUCUCCUUUUUUAUCGAAACUGAACAAUGGUGAUUUUAUUGAAUUAUUAAACGAAUCGGACGAUUUUUCACGAUUUUUAAAUGACCAACAAAUAAAUUUAAUUGACUGUGAUAAUCUUGAUAAAUUUAUUGAGUAUUUGUCAAUCGCAAUAUCAAGUCUUACAACAUUCGUACAAUUAAAUUGGAUUGGACCACCAACUGUUUACGAAAAUACAACAGAUACUCAAUUUUAUAAGCAAGCAUUAUCAUUAGACGGUGAAGAAAUCAAUGAAAAUGUUCAGAAUCCCGAAUUAUUAUAUAUUUCACGUAAGAUAAUUGAACAGUUACAUGCCUCUGAAAUAUUAGUUUUAAUAUGGAAAUUACGAAUCAUUUUUGUACAUCAAUCGAUAAUUGACGAACGGUGUAUUUCGUUGUUCGAAGAAUUUAAUAACACAAUCAAUCAAAUUAAAAUCGAUGAAUUCGAAAAUCCUCGUGACCAAGCAUCAUUUUAUAUUCAAAUAUCACAUAUGUUAAUAUAUUAUGGACGUAUUACGGAAGCUGAAGAAUAUAUUAACAAAGCAAAAACUUGUUUAGGGAUGCAAAUUGAAGUGAUUGGUGAUAUGGGUAAGCGUACACGUUAUCAGACAAAAUCUUUAGCACAAGUAAGAAUAAAAGUAUUAGUAGAUUCUCCAAAUGUUGAAAUUGAAGAAAACUUACCUGAAAUUAUUAAAUUGAAUGAUGAUGUUCGAUUGGAUUCUAUCCAAUGGGAUAAUUCGGGGAAUGAUAUAGUUGUACUUUCUGGCUUAGAACAAGCAUUGCUUUUAGUUGAAGUUGCAUAUCGACGGAAAGCAAUGCCACAAGAUGAAUUAAUAAACGAAGAAAUUCAACCGAUUUUAGAUUAUGUUUUAAAACAAGAAAAUUGUUGGCUGGCACGUUUUGUUGCACUUAUUUCAAAAUGCCGAUUAGAAUCAUCUCAUAAGCGUACCAUCGAACGGGCUUUAAAUCAAAGUGAAACGUUAAUUAAUACUUUAAAUUCUGGUGGGGCACCGUUAGUUCAAAGAUUAAAUAAUUUUUGGACGUUAUCACCGAUCACACGAUGGAAUAUUGAAGCACAAUUAGCAGAUAUGAUGUUAUCACUGGGUUUGGUUAAAGCAGCUUUAGAUAUUUUCUUAAAAUUAUCACUUUGGGAGGAUGUUAUUGUGUGUUAUACAAUUUUACAGUUACGACACAAAGCUGCUGAAAUAAUUCGACAAGAAUUAGAGAAAAAGAAAUCCGUUAAACUUUUAUGUUUACUUGGAGACGCUUUGGAUGAUGUACAAUUAUACGAAGAAGCUUGGGAAUUAUCUGAGAGAAAAAGUGCGAGACCACAUCGACAUUGGGGCCAAUUUUUAUUUGCAAAAAAAGAAUAUGAAGCUUGCAUUCCACAUCUACAACAAUCGUUAGAAAUCAAUUCAUUACAAGCUACAGUUUGGCUUCGUUUGGGUUAUGCUGCAUUAUCUGUUGAAAAAUGGGAUAUAGCUGCUAAUGCAUAUCGACGUUAUACAACGAUUGAACCGAAUUGUUUUGAAGCUUGGAACAAUUUAGCACGAGUUUAUAUCGCUCAAGGUGAUAAAAAUCGCGCGUAUAAAGCAUUUAACGAAGCGUUAAAAACCAGUUUUGAUAAUUGGCAAGUGUGGGAAAAUUUUAUGUUAACUAGUAUUGACACGGGUCACUUUGAGGAUGCGAUUCGAUCAUAUCAUAGAUUACUUGAUUUGAAAGAGAAACAUUUGGAUACAGAAGUUUUAAUUAUUCUAGUUGAAGCGAUUUUAAAACAUUUACCAAAUCAUGAUGGCGGUGAUUCAGCAAGACUUACUCAAAAAUGUUUGGAAUUAUUAGGUAGAGUAACUGCUAUUUUCCAAAAUGAAUUCAAACCAUGGGAAUUGUAUGCAACAUUAACAACAGAUAAUUAUUUACGUGUACAAAGAUUCCAACGAGCUCAUCGUGCUUUAAUUCAAGAUAGUAAUUGGCCAAAAGAUAUGCACAAAUGUUGUAAAGUCAUUGAUAACUGUAUUAAAUUGGGUGAAAAUUGUUUGACGUUAACGGAUGAGAGUUUAAAAUCAUCAGUUAGAUUAUCAUUAAAAGCAGCACUGAAAGGUGCAAGUAAAGAACAAUGGACGGAAUGUGCAAAUUCGUUGAGCGAACUCGAAAAAAUUGUGGAGGAAUUAUGUAAAUAAGUUUUUUUGCUAAUAAAAUUUCUUUUAAUGUA